AUAAUAAUCCCAGCUCCACCGCCUUCCCCAAUCCCAACCGGCACCGGAUCGCGUUCGGCGGCCAACGAAACCUUCAAAACUUUCCUAGAGAAGUCGAUUCAUCUGCCGCAGCUCUCUUUGCCGGAAUCUCGCUUCCUUUCCGGCGUCAAUCCAACACCCGCCGUUGUCGAUUUCCGAUCGCUCGUUUCUCCUGGCGGCGGCGAGGCGGCGGCGCGGAUGCUUCGGUCGGUAAAUGAAUUCGGGGCGUUUCGGAUCGUUAACCACGGGAUAUCCGGCGAGGAGAUUUUGUCGGUGGUGAAUGAAGCUAAAUCCGUAUUGGAAGAUUGUAAUAAGGGAGUUGAUGAUCGGGGCUGGUUUGAAAACGACGGAAAUCGGGAGGCGAUUUUGCAGUUACGGCGCCGGAAUGACAGCAAGGCGUCGGAAAAUACAAUUGUACCGGCCGAAACGAACCGGCAAAUCAGUGGAAAGAUGGAGAGAAUAAGAAGCAAGCUAGAAGGCAUUGCUGAGAAAUUAAGUGAAAUUUUAUGGAAAUGCAUGGGAGAGAAUGUGAAGAAAAGAGAUAAAAAAGAGGCCAUUUUUAGUAUUUACAGAUACAAUAAUAAUCAAAACAUAUUGGAGAGGGAAAAUAAUAAUAAUAAUAAUAUUGCAAAGAAUGAUAAAGAAGAGAGAGAAAAUGAUGGGAAUGAGAUGAUGAGGCUUCACAUUCCAGGAGAACAUUGCCAAUUCUAUGUAAAUUCCCAUCAACAAGAACAACCCUCUUUUUGCUUUGAUGCUGCUGCUGAUACCAUUGUUGUUACCAUUGGUAAACAACUCCAGGAAUUGAGCUUGGGAAAAUUGAAGAGUGCAAGAAGUGAGAUGAUAUUUUUGACAGAUUUGCUUGGAAGCAAAGCCUCUUUCUCCAUUGAGCUCAAAAUUUCAAACCCAAAUUUAUUGAAAAAUCAUAAUUCCCAUUCUAAAAUCAUCUCCAUUUCUGAUCAAAUCUUCAUUGCCUUUCUUUUUCUUUCCCUUUACUUUCUUUACACUCACAUUUCUUCAUUCUUUAAAGGCAAAUAACCAAUUUAAAAACACACAAAAAUCCUCUUUUUUUCUCCCCUUCCCUCUCUUUGUGAUUGAUAUAUAUAUUUCUAUGCAAAGGUUUUAUUGGUUUUGUAUAGAGAUUGUGGUGUGGCAUUUGGGUUUGAAAGAGGUUCAAGGGUUUGUAUUUGAAAAUAUUUCUACACAUUAUUUGUGUUUAUUAAAUCAUACAUUAUAAUACAAGUGUGGAAUAUAUUUGGGAA